AUGAACCCAGAGGUCGCCAAUGAAAUCGAGAAUCGUCAGCAAGAACCCACCCCUGAAAGAAAGCCCUAUAUUCCUUUGCCGCCGCCAGCCCCUCCUUCUCCAUCUUACUACGAAGAGUUGAGGAGGAGAUUUCCCCCUCCUCCGCCAUUGCCUCCCGAUGCAGGGAGGCUGCCGGGAGACCCUGCUGACAGAGCGAAUCACGACCCAGCUCAAGAGAAGCCCCCAUUCAAGCCUUGUCAUCUCUUCUUCUACGGUUCAUUAAUGGACCCAGAAGUAUUGCAGUCUGUUCUUGGACUCCCGGAACUGCCUGUUCUGCAGAAGGGAUGGGUGACUGGGUUUACCAUCAAAAUGUGGGGUAUCUAUCCAGCCUUGAUCCCGAAGGACGGUGAUACGAAAGUAAUGGGGGCUGUAUGGAAAGUUGACGAGCCCUCGCAGUUCCUUCGUCUCAUGGAAUAUGAGACGGAGGCCUAUAAGUGGUGUCCCUGCACCGUCCAUCUCUGCGACGGAGGGGUCCUGCCUGAGUCUCGAACCUUUAUCUGGGCCGGCGACCCUGCUAGCAAGGAUCUGGAGGACGGCAGCUUUGAUCUGGAACGCUACCAAAAAUAUUUCAAACCAUCAGUUGUCCGCAAACAUACGACUGAGUAA